AUGAUGAUAAGCAUGGGAAUUACAGCCAGAUUUCAACAAUUCAAUCAUCGUUUAGAGAAAAUGGUGAAAGAAAUUAUUCCAAUAUAUUUGUGGAACGAUGUUCGAAAAGAUUAUAAUCAACUAGUAGAACUACUAGAAUAUCUUGAUGAAAAAAUAUCUUGGAUUGUUUUAUUAUCUUUUAUGAAUAACCUAUAUUUUAUUUGCAUUCAAGUUUUAAAUAUAUUUACGAAAUUAAAAUUUAUUAUCAACUACAUUUAUUUUUGGUUUUCAUUAAGUUACCUCAUAUGCAGAACCUUAUUCAUUUUCAUGUGCGCGGCUUCCAUAAACGAUCAAGCAGUGUUACCAUUGAAAUUAUUAAGAAAUGUUCCAUCAGAAAGUUGGAAUACUGAGGUUGAGAGAUUGAUUUUCGAUCAAACUAAUACUAUACUUGGUUUAUCAGGAAAAAAAUUUUUUUACAUAACAAGGAAAUUACUAUUUAACUUAACUGGAUCACUAAUUACAUAUGAACUUGUGCUCUUGCAAUUUGAAACCACCAACCUGUCUCAUUCACAGGGAAUUUGUGAUUAAAAACUCUAUCGAUAUUUAAGAAAACUCAAACUUAUAAACUAAACCUUAUCAUUAUUUUCUAUUAUCCUAUAUUCAGAAUAUAGGUCAGCUCCUUCCUAUUGAUUAAACAGUGACGCCUUAGGGAAUGG